AUGGCGGCACUUCAACUCGCCAUUUCCAAUUCUACACGUACUGUUUCAAUCAAAUUCCCUCUCUGUUCCCCUACUCAACUCUCAUUAACCCCCACCAGAAAAUUGAGCUUUGAAGUAUGCUCGUCAGUUCAAGAAAUAGCAGUAGAAGAAAAACCAGAGAAAACGCAACAACCUGAUCAAAGAAGAAAGCUUUUCGUGCUCAAUUUGCCCUGGUCUUACGCUGUUGCUGAUAUUAAGAACCUCUUUGGGGAAUGUGGAACUGUCGUAGAUGUUGAGUUUAUAAAGCAGAAAGAUGGGAAAAACAGAGGCUUUGCAUUUGUCACAAUGGCUUCUGCCGAAGAAGCUCAAGCUGUUAUUGAGAAAUUUGACUCUAAUGAAUUGUUGGGUAGGAUUAUCAGGAUAGAGUUUGCAAAGAGAUUCAAGAAACCUUUGCGUUCUCCUCCUGCUCCUGCCAGUCCACCACCCAGAGAGACCCGCCAUAAGCUUUAUGUGUCCAAUCUUGCGUGGAAAGCUAGGUCUACCCAUCUCAGAGAACUUUUUUCUGCCAAUUUUGAGCCAGUUUCAGCUAGGGUUGUCUUUGAUAGUCCUUCAGGAAGAUCUGGUGGAUAUGGGUUUGUCUCAUUUGCCACAAAGGAGGAAGCGGAGGCUGCGCUUUCUGCUUUGGAUGGGAAGGAAUUGUUGGGCCGACCAAUAAGUUUGAAAAUAAGUGAAAAGAAUAUCGAUGAACCUGCCAAGAAAGAGGAAGGCAUGACUGAUGAACAACCUGCAGUCAUAGAUUGA